GAGUGACGUAUAUGACUUUUACGACAAAACAAAAAUCAUGAGUUCAAAGUUUGAUUUUAUCAUCCUAAUUUUUUCCAUUACAGUUUAUACAUGAUUGGCUAGUCUACAUUGGAUUGUAUUUUUUAUUCAAGUAUAUCUAUAAAACAUCUUAAUAUAACUAUGUUAGCAAAAACGGGUUUGUUGGUGGUCUCAAAUCCAAAACAUAUAGCCAAAUUGCUUAGUGAUGCUCAAAAAGCAGUAAAGAAUACUUUGUAUGUACAAUUGCUAUCAGCCCUGAAUGAUCCUUUGGGUUCUAUUCAUCCAAACAUGUUUACUACACCAAAACUGAGUCGUACCGUGUUUUGCAUUUAUUCUCAGGCUACUAAACAGUGCAACAAUUUAGAUGUACGGGUCUUACUGUCUAGUUUUAAACACAAUAUUUCACAAAUCCAUACACAAAAUCCUAUAGACAUUAUUAUAUUUGAUAAGAAAUACACCAAAGCAGAUAUUGAGAGUUUUAUAAGUACUAAAAUAUCAAAUGUAUCAAAUGAUCAUAACACACUUACUAUAGAAUGUGAAGAUUCAGAAGAAACUGAAAGUACUUCUUCAGAUACUGACAGUAAUGUUUACAAUCAUGUCGUUUUAGGAGGAACUUUUGAUAGACUACAUACAGCUCAUAAAUUACUUCUAAGUGAUGCUAUAUUGAGGGCAUCUAAAAAAGUUACUGUAGGAAUAACAGAGGAAAAUAUGAUACAUGGGAAGCUUUUGUGGGAAUUGAUACAGAAUGUUAACACAAGAGUGAAUAAUGUAUUUAAUUUUGUAUCUGAUAUAUGCCCCGAAUUACAUUAUGACAUAUGCAAGAUUUCUGAUCCCUUUGGUCCAGCCAUUAUUGAUCCAACUAUGGAUCUAAUAAUGGUAAGUGAGGAAACUAUUCGAGGAGCAGAAAAAAUUAAUGAAUUACGCAGGGAAAAACAAUUAAAAGAAUUAAAAAUUAUUCCAAUACCCUAUAUUGAAGAGCCAAAUCCAGAUCCAAAGGAAGAAACUAAAGUGAGUUCCAGUAAUUUAAGACUGCGACUUCUCGGUACCUUAUUAAACCCUAUUGUACAAAAGGAAAUACCGAAAAGGCCGUAUGUUAUUGGCCUAACAGGUGGCAUAGCUAGUGGAAAAUCGGGUGUUGCCAGUCAUUUAGAAAAUUUAAAUGUUCCUGUUAUUAAUUGUGAUAAAAUUGGCCACAAGUUGUAUGAAAAAGGACAACCAUGUUACGAUCCAGUAGUGAAUAAUUUUGGAUCUCAGAUUCUUAGUCCUGAGGGUGAAAUUGACAGAAGAAUUUUAGGAGGAUUGGUUUUUAAAAAUACAGAUCAACUAAACAAAUUAAAUGAAAUUAUGUGGCCCGCUAUUGCAAAGGAAGUACGCCAUAAAAUAAAUGAAUCUGGAGAAGCUGUUGUUUGUGUUGAAGCAGCUAUCUUGUGCCUUGCUGGAUGGGAUAAAUUCUGUCAUGAGGUUUGGACUACAAUAGUUCCACCAAAUGAAGCAAUUGACAGAUUAGUUAAACGAAAUAAUUUAACAGAAGACCAGGCCAAGUUGAGGAUCGAAGCGCAACCAACUAAUUCAGAAUAUAUUAAUAACACCAAUGUUGUUUUUUCUCCACAGUGGGAAGUUGAAUAUACCAAAGUUCAAGUUCACAGAGCGUGGAAUUUGUUACAACCGAGACUAGCCUUAUGAAGUAUUUCAAAUACUAAAUGUUGACUAGUUAACUAUAUUUUAUUUCUUUUUAUAUUCAGACUAUUAAGGUACAAAGUAAGGUACCAAUUAUGGUUGUCUUUUACCCUUAUUGUUAGUCUUAAGAACUUAGCCUUAGGAAGAUGCCAUUCAUACUUUGUACCCACCUACUAAAGUUUUUUAUACCUUUGCGUCGAUGAGUUAUACCGGGUGCGUCACAAAACUGGCUCACCCCUAUAACUUUUUUAUUUUUUUAGUUAAAAAAACAAGAUUUG